AUCACAGUUCAAAUUGUGCGGCAAAUGAAUGAGCUAACCAUAAAGUUUCAUUCAACAUCUAGUUCAACAUAAAAACGAUUGUAAACGAUCAAUUCGACGUAGUGUGAAAGUGUGUAGUGUUAUUGUUUUUGCCGAAUAAUGCAAAUUACAAACGAUUUUCGCGAUUUCAUUCAGUCAACGCUAUUCAUUCGUUCCGGACACACAGCGUCAGCAAAAUCAGCAAAACAUGAAUUGGAAUAAAAUUAUUAUGUCUGUUGCUCUGAUUAUUGUGGGAGCCAAUAUUGCCACAGCAAGACCGCAACAGUCGAACACACCUACCGAAAGAUUAUUUGAUUUGAGCAGUUUAUUCAAUCGUUAUCCAAGCUAUCAGCGGCCAAUCUAUGGUGGAAAUGGUUUUUAUCAAGGACAAGGUGGAUAUUAUUCAGGUUAUAAUCCUCAAGGUGGAAUAGGCGGUGGUUUUGGUAGCUAUUAUCCUGGCUCCAAUGGGCUUGGAGGAGGUUUGGGAACAAACAUUUUGGGGGGUUCAUAUGGUGGAAGUGCUGGAAAUUUUGGUGGCUAUGGUGGAUACGGUGGUAAUGGUGGUUUGCAACAAUAUGGUGGCUAUAACAACAACAAUUAUAACGGACAACGGAAUCUUGGCUUUGGAUACUAUCGUGGUACAGAUCAGUAUGGAUUUUUGCCAUCACGCGAAAUGAAUUACAUUACAGGCACAGGCUAUCGUGGUUACAACUGAUUUCCGAUUCCAAUUAAAUAUGUAAAUAUUGUAAAUAAAUAUGAAGGAAAGAAACAAAAAAUUGACUCCAAUUUCCAUUAUGCUAGACAUUUCGACAAUUUAUUGUUAAACUUAGAAUGCAAUUCAUUUCGAAUGUAUUUUUUUCAUGUCAAUCAAACUCAAAAUUCUUUUGUUCUCAUCGGAAUCAGAACACAAUUCCAAGUUUAUAACGCCCUUGAAUGGAUGCAUUCUGUCUUCUAUGUCAGUUUGUUUUUCAUAUCGCGUGUUAACAUUUUAGACCAUAAAAUUGGUUACACAUUUAAUGGUUGAUUUAUUAGCCAAACCAAUGAUAAAAUGCACAUGAAAAUCCAUUUCAAAAAUCCAUUCAAAUCGCCCGAAAGUAUGCAACAGCCAAGUAUCGUUCUUUUUUCUAUAAAACAAUACU